CGUCUGGUCUCUCUCCUCGAAAUGAAGGCAAGUGGAAUGGAAAAAAGUUAGAGAGAGAGAGAAAUGAGAAUUUUCGCAUGAAAGUUGGUACCAUAAUUCAAUAAAUGGUCUGAAAUUCUCUCACAAACACGCACGAAUUCACAGCUGUUCAGCUACCUACCCGCCUCUCUCCUUCUUCUCUGUCGCCCAGGAGGAGUGUGGAGAAUAUAACUUCACACUAUCAGCAUGUUCCGCCGCAAAAAUUCUAAUCACGAGCAAGGGGAAGAUGAUCACGCGAAGAAGGUUAGUGAACUAAAGACUUCUCUUGGGCCACUAUCAGAGCGCAACUUGCAGUACUGCACUGAUGCGUGCUUAAAGAGAUAUUUGGUAGCAAGGAGAUUUAACGUAGGUAAGGCAAAAAAGAUGCUUGAAGAGACACUGAAGUGGAGGUCAUCAUUCAAACCUGAAGAAAUUCGCUGGCACGAGGUUGCAAUGGAAGGGGAGACUGGAAAGUUGUUCAGAGCAAAUUUUCAUGACCGCCAUGGCAGAACUGUUCUCAUAUUGAGACCAGGAAAGCAGAAUACAACAUCAAUAGAUAACCAGAUGAGGCAUUUGGUGUAUCUCAUAGAAAAUGCUAUACUAAAUCUUCCAGAAGGUCAAGAGCAGAUGGCAUGGUUGAUAGACUUCACAGGGUGGUCUAUUACCAAUAAUGUCCCUCUCAAAACUGCUAGGGAUAGUAUAAACAUAUUGCAAAACCAUUACCCGGAAAGACUAGCCGUGGCUUUUCUAUACAGUCCUCCACAAAUUUUUGAAGCAUUUUGGAAGAUUGCCAAAUUCUUUAUGGACCCAAUUACUUCUCAGAAGGUCAAAUUUGUGUAUCCGAAGAACAAGGACAGCAUGGAAGUGAUGAAAACCUACUUUGAUGUGGACAAUCUCCCAACUGAGUUUGGAGGAAAAGCAACUCUCGGUUAUGACCACGAGGAGUUCUCGCGGCAAAUGGCACUAGAUGACCUUAAAACUGCGAAGUUGUGGGGCAUCGACAAAGUCCACACCGUUCCUAGUAUCUUAUCUGGUGCAGAAGUUGCUUCACCUGCAGAAGCCUAACCACUUUCUUGGUGUUCCUUAACUUAGUUUACAUAAUAAUUAUCUCUCCAAGAGUCAAUGCCACCAUUGUGUUUUGCUCUUUGGAGCAUGUGUUUGGUUAUAUUGUUCUCUUUUGUACAACUCUACCUUGAGAAGCUGUAGAGGCUCUCAAUGGUGGCUGAAAUAUGCCUGUUUGGCUGUUACUAUGUAACCUGAUACUAAAAAACUUUGCCAACUAUAAUGCAUAUAUAUUUUUGUUGUAACUAACAGGUACUCCAAUGCUGUCUUGUUUGACAACCUUAAUAAAGUUUCAUAGUAGUUUUUCUAGGCACAAUUCUCAAAACGAAAGACACUAUUAAAUUGUCUGGUGUUGU